CGUCACACGUCGUUAUCGUUUAUCGUCGCCAUAUUCGAUUUUUCUUGCCUGUCGCUGUCUGAUGGUGUCUGCCACUCCUAAAAUACCAUCAACGCUCAGGAUUCGUCACUGCAAUACGUCGUUUUAGUGGACUAGACACUACGUUGAGGUAACUGUAUGGCAACAGGAGCUAAUACAACGCCUCUGGGGCGCCCAGCGGCGCCUCCAAAGCCAAGCUCGAACGGAGGUGUUUCUUUGUUAAAGCCGAGCUACAUGGCCGGCGUCAUUGCUUCGCCACCAACAUCGUUGAAUGGGUCUCCGAGUGCUCCAGCUCUGCCAGCUCUCCCUGCACCUAUGCCUGUAAUGAAGAAUGAAAAGGAUCACGAUGAGCGGGACAGAGACCGCGAUCGUGAGAGGGAACGUGAUCGGGACAGAGAUCGAGAGCGGGACAGGGACAGAGGGAGAGACAGAGACCGCGACCGUCGUGGCCGUGACCGGGACAGAGGUCGAGACCGAAGUCGUGAUCGCAGUCGUGACCGCAGUCGAGACCGGAAGCGGGACAGAGACCGGGACAGCGACAGGGACCGAUCUCGAGACCGGGACAGGGACCGCGAUAAGGACAGAGAUCGCGAUAAGGAACGCGACAGAGACAUGGCUCUCCCGGCACCUGCUAUUGCGCCCAAUGCACCGGCCUGGGCUGGUUGUGCAAUGCAGGUGUCCAUGCAGGAGCAGAACAAACUGAGUGCUGCGGAAGAAAGAAAGCGGAAACGCAGAAGUCGUUGGUGUGCUGAUGAAAAGGAGAAAGUGUUCAUUCCUGGCAUGCCCACAGUCUUGCCCAGCAACCUGGAUCCCAACCAGGAAAGGGCCUAUUUGUUGCAACUGCAGAUUGAAGAACUCACACGGCGGCUGCGCACCGAGGACCUUGGUAUUCCUUUCAACCCUGAGGAAAGGUCCCCAUCCCCGGAGCCCAUCUACAACAGUGCGGGCAAGAGGCUGAACACCAGGGAGUAUCGUACACGGAAACGACUGGAAGAUGAACGACACAUGCACAUCACCGAGAUGUUCUCCAUCAACCCUGAAUACAAGCCCCCGUCGGACUAUAAGCCUCCACUGGUGAGGGUGAGCGAAAAAGUGAUGAUUCCUCAGGAGGAGCAUCCAGACAUCAACUUUGUUGGGCUCUUGAUCGGCCCUCGCGGAAACACGUUGAAGGCUAUGGAGAAAGACACCGGGGCUAAGAUCAUCAUCCGCGGCAAGGGCUCCGUUAAAGAAGGGAAAGUGGGUCGCAAGGACGGUCAGCCGCUGCCCGGAGAAGACGAACCGCUGCAUGCUUUCGUUACCGCCUCUACGACGGAUGCUGUGCAGAAGGCUGUUGAUCGGAUUAAAGAGAUUAUCCGGCAAGGUGUAGAGGUACCAGAGGGUCAGAAUGACCUGCGCCGCAUGCAGCUUCGAGAACUUGCCCUGCUCAAUGGGACGCUUCGCGAAAGUGACUUUGGGGGCCCACGCUGCUCAAAUUGCGGUGCCCCAGGCCACAAGGCAUGGCAGUGUCCGGACCGGCCUAAUGUCACCAACAAUGUCAUCUGCAACUGCUGUGGUGGCACUGGACACAUCGCUCGUGACUGCAGGGAACGGCGGUCCGGUGUUGCCACUGGCGGAUUUGGUGGAGCUGGUGUCGGGGGCAUGGGAGGAGGUGAACACUCCAAGAUAGAUGAAGAGUAUAUGUCGCUAAUGGCUGAACUUGGAGAAGGGCCACCACCCCCUAGCAAAGGGGGACCAAAUAAUGGGUCACGGGCUGGAUCUCAAAAUAUCUUGGGGCCUUCGCAAGGAGCCCCACGGGCUAUCAUGGCACCUCCACCUCAGGGAAGUACCGGAAAUGCUGGGGGGCAAGGGAUGAACCAAGUGCCGCCUAUGCAGUGGGGUGCUGUACCACCCAAGGGCAUGAUGCCCCCAGGGGGACCUCAGCAAGGCAUGUUGCCUCCUCCACCCCCAAUGGGAGGAGCUAUGUCAUGGCAACCCAUGUGUCCUCCAUCUACUACUGCUCAGGGUGCAAUGUCCAUGACUGGUGUACCACCUCCCAUGAUGGGAGGACCACCGAUGCCACCACCUGCAGGUGGUGCUAUGCCACCCUGGAUGGGUGGUGUGCCUCAGGGACCUCCAGGCACCAUGCCAUGGCAGCAGACUGCUAUGUCCCCUGCUCCUCCGGGAGGUGUUCCACCUCCCAUGGCACCAAUGUUCCCAUGGGCUGCAGGGGGAUUCAUGGGCAUGCCCGUACCGCCUCCUCCACCACCUCCACCCCAGUCGGGCGCAACGACCACCAGUCAGGCAUCUGGGACCACUGCUGCCACAGCAACUUCCACAACAACCACCAGCACAACUGCUACCCGGAUGGAUCUCGGCGCCCUCGUCAGCCUCCCUGGACUCCUAGCUGCUCCUCCCCCACCUCCUCCGAGUUGAGGCACUCCACCGGUGUACUUCAUCAUCAAAACAUGACAGGCGGGGAGGGGGGAUUUCACAGUUUCAUGAAGCGCACUACAAGACAGAUCCUUCGGGUACAAAUACUUCAUGCGUCAUCUUACAUUGCGCCAACCUUGUACCAUUACAUAACCAGUUGGCAGUUUCGUUCUUGUCACUCUGUUCAUUGUCCCGCACAUGAGAAUAUAGUAUGUAGAAUAUCGCUAACUUGUGUAAGUCCUCAAUCUCUCUGUUAUGCCUAUACUUUGGUUCCCAGAUCAGUAUGCUGGUUGUGUCCUGCUUGUUUGUGACAUCUUCAUUCUCGCAAAGAACAAAAGCUGGCAAUCAUUUUAUACUUUGCCCAUAUUUGACAUUCAUGUCUUGUGUAGACAGCGUUCUGAAUCCUUUUUGCUCUCUGCUUAGUCGAAAGGAUGGAAAGAAACAUUAGGAAUGAAAUGAAAGGAAGGUAUAAGCUGUGCACAAAGUGCAACCUCUUGGCAGUACAUUGAGUAGUGAUACUACAUGGAUAACCAACAUACAUGUGUGUCCUUGACAUUGGUAUAGGUACAACAAUUUUAUUCAUCAUCCACUUGCCACUCAAAGGGAUAGUGGUGUGGUCUGGCUUAUGUGAAGUGCUCAAGGGCAGAUGAUUUAAAUUUGUGCGUGUGUUUCAAGGGUUUGUAUCAAAUAAAAGUCUGCUAUGUAACCUGAA